UAAAAUGUGACUAACUUCAUAUUUAUUGUCGCAAAGAUUUUUAUUUUUCUAUGCAAAGAACUUAUAUAUAUAUAUACUAGUAAGAUAAUAAUAGUAUCUUUGUGUCUUUAAAUAAUAUUAGGCAGUGUUAAGUUUUAAAAUUGUAUUGGUUUUGAAAAUAUGGAGUCAGCAAUUUUGAAAGAAAGUCCACCAAGAAAAAAGCCCAAUUCUUUAGGAGAAAUAAACCCAACCAAAAUAAAUCUUUGCACUUUACCAGAUGACAUACUCAUAGAAAUUUUUUCAUAUUUGGAUUUAAAAUCUAUCUAUAAUUGUGCCAUGGUAUGCUCAACAUUAAACAACAUAUCAAAAUACAGUGCACUAUACAAAACAAUACACUUAAAGUAUUUUAUGAAGUCCCAUAUUCUUAAAUCAUUUUUAUCCAAAGCCACCUCUGUAAAAAGAUUGCGUAUAGAAUAUAAUAAUUAUGAAUACUACAAAGACCAGAAUACAAAACAAUACAAUGAAUUUAAUAAAUAUGUUAUAAUGUUCUUAGAAAAAUCGCGGAAUCAAUUAAAAGUUUUGGAAGUUAAAAACUGCAUAAAUAAUAAGGAUGUAAUGUUAAGUUUAUCAGAAUGCACAAAUUUAGAAGAACUUGUACUAUAUAGAUGUAGACUAUAUAGAUGUAGACACAAUUGUGGAUGUAGAGGUUCCUUUGAAGGAAUGCUUUCACUUGGUAAUUUGAAAAGUAUACAAUUUCAAUGGUGUAAUUUUCCAAAAAACACAGUAGUAUAUCUUAUACAAAAAAAUCGGAAUUUAAAAAAUAUAUAUUUAGCGGAUAAUGACCAUGUGGAUGUAAACGAAAUAUGUGAAACUUUGUCUCAACACAAUUUACAAGUAACUAAUAUUCUUUUAAAUGGAAGAGAUAAAAUCAAACUCGAUAGUUUAUGUACUUUAAAAAGAUUAUCAAACCUGAAAUCUUUGGAAAUAAAGUUUAUUUGCAAUAUGAAACCUAAUCAGGAAAAUUCUCUAAAACAAUUGGCAGCUGGAUGUUCAAAAUUGGAAAAGUUGUUUAUAUCUGGGUGGAGGGAAUUAAAUGACGAUAAUUUUAUACCCGCCCUACCCAUGUUAACACAUUUAACCGAAUUAAAGUUAUCGCGUACAAAUAUUACAAUUAAAAGUUGCAGAGAAGUUGCCUUUACGCUGCCACGACUUAAAUCAAUGCAUGUUAUUGGUAAUCAAAGGGUGAAAAUAGAUGAAUUGGAUAAACUUCAGAGUGAGUUUCCAGAAAUUGAUAUAGCUUUGUACAAGUACAAGUAGUUUUUAUACUUAUUAAGCAUUUUACAUAAUUUUAUGUAUUAAGUAUAAAAUGCAGUACAACAGAGAUGCAACAGUAGGAUUUAAAUAUGUUAAUCCUGUAAUUGUAAAUUCAACAAAAUAAUCUCAUCUUUUUUCAUAUGAUUUUUGUAUUUACUUAAUAAAUAAAAAAAAACUAUAGAAUUCUUAUUUUCCUUUUUGUUAAACAUUUACAAAAUUUCCUAUAAUAUAAUAUUUAUUGGGUUUUAUUAGUGCUAGACCUAAAAUACAUAAGGUGUAAAAGAAAAAUAUUUAAAAAAAUACACACUUGUGUUAAAAACUCAUUAAAUACAAAAGUUUUAUGCCCUUAAAGCUCUAAUACCCCUCUGUAUUUAUUUACUCAUCCAGCUAUUAGCUUAAGCAAUGAUUGAAAAAUUUAGUACCUAUUUUAAAAACUUCAUAACCACAAAAUUAAUUUUUAAGUUAAGAUAUUUACAAUUUGAGCACAACCUAAAAUUUGAUUGGACCAAUUAGAAUUUACUAUUGGUAACAUGUCAAUUUAUUAUAUUGUUGUUUUAGGUGUUUAAUAUAAAAAUUACAUGUUUAAUUUUAAACUUAAUAUUUAUUAAAUAAAACAUACAUAAUAUUAUGUUAUAAAUGCCUAAUAAAUACAUAACUACUUGUCCAAAGCAAUAUCAAUUUUGGGAAACUCUUUCUGAAGUUUAGCCAG